AUGUGCUCCGCGCUGCCCAGGCCGGGCUGCAGGAUGGCUCUGCGGGUCUCCUUCGUGGAAGUCCGCCCCGAGGCUCCCCUGGUGAGGCUGUGGGGGUUUCCCGGCAAGCGGAGGGAGGAAUACUUGCGGCUGGCGAAGGAAAUCCAGGCCAAGAGUGGGCCGCGCUUGGCGACCACCCCCGACGGCGGAGACGCCCUGGCGGCGGGAGACUUGUGCUUGGUGGAGCUGGCGGGGCGGUGGAAGCGCUGCCGCGUAGUGAACCGCCAGCGCGGACUGGGCCAAACCUACCGCGUUUUCUUGCUCGACGAAGGCCACACGCUGCCCGUCACCUCCCACUACCUGGCGCGGGGGACUAGCGAGCUCUUUCACCUGCCUCCCGAGGUGAUGAGCUGCAUCCUUGCCGACUUGGUCCCUCCCAGGCAGGUAGGCGCCACCUUGAAUGCUGCCGGAGGGUCCAAGGGACUUGCCACACCGGGGUCUGAAAUGCCGAGUUCCAGCUGGACGGCUAGUGCUGCAGAACUUUUGGGCUACCUGCAGGGCAGGGUGGUGUCUGGCCUUAUCCGAGAGGUGCUCAUCCCUCAGCAUCUGGUAGUGUUGGAGUUGCCUUGGUUACUGGCACAGAUGUGCCAACUGGGGCUUGCCUGCCAGAUAUCUCCCAGUACCUUCAGCACCUUGCUUAGCAUUUCCCUCCAAGGUUCUGGUCUUACUUCUCUUCUGACAGAAUUGCCUUCUGAACCCCAACCACCCAUUCUUACCCCUAUUACCAUGUCUCAGCAAGAUCAUGUUAGUUUGGAUUAUAUCUAUCCACAGCUGAAGUUGAAUGUGAUUGAGCCUGUGAUAGUGACUGAAAUCAUCGAUCCAUGUAGAGUUUACUGCCAGCUGCACAGCUUUUCCAAAGCGAUCCAGAAACUCUCACAUGCCAUGCACCAAUCUUUUGAAGCAUCCAAGACAAAAGACUUACAGGGAUCUUUGCCCACACCGGGUUCUCCCUGUGCAGCCCGAGGCAUAGAUGGGUGUUGGUAUCGAGCUCUGCUGCUAGGGAUAUACCUUGGUGGGGGUCCAGAAAAUCAGCCAGGAGCAGUUGCCCAAGUGAUUUAUGUGGAUUAUGGCAGGAAGGAGUUUGUGACAAAGAGAAAUGUGCGGCAUUUGCCUGCUGAGUUUUUUUGCAUGCCAGUAGUCACCUACGCUUGUUCAUUGUAUAAUAUUACAGAUGGAGGUAGUGGAUGGACCUGUUCACAAGUCAGUCAACUUAAAAAAUUACUGUUGGGCAAGGUGAUGCAAGCCGCCAUUGAAGCUUUUUGUCCUUUAGAGCAUCUCUAUUAUGUAACCUUCUAUGGGGAAGAUGGUCUCAACUUUAACUGCCUCUAUGGAGUGCAAGCACACUGCCUGACCCAGUGUUUCCUGCACAGCAGUCAAGAGUAUACAUCUGCCUUGACUGAACUGGAGCACAUGGGGACUUCAGCCAAGAAGGAGCCUGGCUCCCUGUUAGAAAUGUUGUCCACACUAGCUGCUGCACCACUUCCUGUUGUGUGUCUGAAGGCAGGAGAGUGCCACACUGCUGAAGUCUCCUUUCUGCAAGACCCUUCAGAAUUCUGGGUGCACCUCCUGGAGCAUUGUCAGCCACUCUGUCAUCUAAAACAGAAGUUAAGUGACUUCUACUCUAAGAAUAAGAAACUGGAGGGUAUUCUUCGAAAGCUCAAGCCAGGAUCCCUGUGCUGUGUCAUACUAAAGGAGAACUCCUACCACCGUGCUGUUGUCACCAAAGUGCAAGGGAAGAGCAUUGAAGUAUAUCUUGUUGACCAGGGAAAUACUGAAAUAGUUGAUUUGUAUCAAGUGAAGGAGCUGCUUCCCCAGUUUAGAGAACUUCCUGCUGUAGCACUCAGAUGUACAUUAGCCAUUCCUUCCCCAAAUCAAUCAUGGAGUUCAGAUGCUGUAGAUUAUUUUAGAAAAGCUGUACUGAACAAGGAAGUGGUGAUCAAAGUCCUAGGCAUGCAAAGAGAUACUUACACAGUUGAACUGUUUGAUCAUUCUCUGGUAGGAGAAAAAAAUGUAGGUAAAAUCAUGUCCCAGGAUAUGUAUGCUGAGGAUCAUGAAGAUCAAGUUCUAGAGACUCUCCAGAAAAUCACAGAUAAGCCAUUGGGGAAGGGCCCAGAAGGAGCUGUAAAAGAGGAUUCUAGCACUAUCCCAAACUCUUUGUCCUGUAAUAUGCAAAACUACUCUGAAAUAAGGCCAGGAUUUUCUUGUAAUGAGCAGCUGAAUGUUGGAAGUACAGUAGAAGUAAUAGUAUCCUAUAUAGAAAAUCCUAGUCUCUUCUGGUGCCAGUUAGCUAAGAGUUCCCAAGACUUGAAGGUACUUAUGACUAAAAUUCAGGAUUACUGUAUUCAUUCAGCAGAACCCCAUGACUGGCCAAAUCCUGUAUGUCUGGCUAAGUUUUCAGAGGAUGAAAAAUGGUACAGAGCUCUCAUAAUUAAUAAGGUAAAUGCUACAGAAGUUGAAGUUGCCUAUGUUGACUAUGGGAAUAAAGAAUGUGUUUCACUGGAGAAUAUUUGUGCAGCUAAGACUGAGUUUUUAUAUUUGGAAGCCCAAGCUUUCAGAUGUAGCCUUUACAAUUUAAUUCAGCCAAAGGGACAGAAUCCUUUUGUUUGGGAUGAAAAAGCCACUGAAGCUUUUUUUGAAUUUGUGAAUUCAGCAAGCAGAUUGGAACUAAAAUGUACCAUAUUUGCUUUAGCAACAUUAAAUAAAACACAUCUUGUUAAUAUUGUGGACUUAAUUACACCUUUUGAGAGUGUUUGCCAUUUUUUAACAAGAAAGGGUCUAGCCAGACCUGUACAGCCACAGAAGCCCCUGAUACCAUCAGUUCAUCUUCUGUCAUACUAUUAUUCAACACAUGACAUCAAAAUAGGCAGUGAAGAAGUGGUUUAUGUUACACAUGUUAAUGAUCCUUGUCUUUUUUAUUGUCAACUUGCUAGAAGUGAAAAUGUUCUUGUACAAUUAGCUUCUAACAUUGAUAAGCUCAACAAAAUGGGGCACAGCUUGAAAACAUCUCGGGCCCCCGGAAAUUUGUAUCUUGCAAAGUAUACAGAUGGCUGCUGGUACAGGGCUAUAGUGACUUCAGCAAAAACUACCAAAGAAGUUUUCUUUGUGGAUUUUGGGAAUACACAGUUGUUUAGGGAUGAAGACCUGAUUGUAGUACCGAGUGAUGCUUAUGAGUUACUGCUUUUGCCAAUGCAAGCCAUAAAAUGCUCUCUUUCUGACAUUGCUGAUGUACAGAAAGAUGCUGCUGUGUGGUUUGAAAAAGCAGUACUAGAUAAGCAAUUAAAAGCUUUGAUUGUAGCUAAAGAACCUGAUGGAAAACUGAUCAUUGAACUAUAUGAUGGUAAAAUGCAAAUCAAUGCAAAACUGAGACAGGGUUUAGGUUUGCAAUGUGGCAUUGGUGUAGUGGAAAAUGAAACUUCAUUUUCUAGGAGAAGAGCCACAGGAAAGAAUUGGCCUUUGACAGGCAUUAUCAAAUCUGAGAGCAAAAGGAGGAGCGCUCAAAAUCUGGAAAUACUGGGCAGUAGCACAGACAGUGGUGUGCACAGACAGGAAAUACAAUUGCAGCAGGAAAGAAAGAUGGCAAAGUUUCCAGGGACAGCAGAAGAGUUUAACAGAAAUGAUUCUGAGGAAAGUAAGAAGGCCAGUAACUGUGCAUGCUCUCUAAUGCAAGAGAAGAUACCUGAAAAUAAAAGCAGAAACCUAACUGAAGCUAAUGCAUAUUCUUCACUUAAAAAGCUGUGUGGCUUACCUCAGAAAAGCAUAUACCCUGGUCUUAAAACAAUGGUGUAUGUUUCUCAUAUAAAUAAUCCUUCUGAUUUUUAUGUUCAGCUAGUAGAAGAUGAGCCUCUGCUUGACAGUAUUUCAGAAAAAUUAAACAAUCCUACAACAGUUGAAAACCUAAAGGGGCAGUCAGUCCAUAUAGGAGACCUGUUGUGUGCAGAUUUUUCAGAAGAUGGUUUAAGGUAUCGUGCUGUAGUUAAUAAAGAAAGCACUGAUGACUUUCUGAGUGUGCAGUAUAUUGAUUAUGGCAAUACUUCAGUAGUUAACAUCUGCAAAACAUGUAGACUUCUUGAGGACUGUCUCUCUUUCCCAGUGAUGAGCAUUCAUUGUACAUUGCAUGGAAUUAAGAUCACAGAAUGGACACAGGAAGCUGUACAGUAUUUUUUCCAAAUGACAAGUGAGGUUCAAAUGAACAGCGAAUUUGUAGUAGAAACUGAGGGCAAAUGGGCAAUUCUGCUUUUUGGCAAAAAUGGUAAUGUGACAGUGGAUUUGGCUAAUAGGUACCCAGUAUACAAAAAAUCUAUUUUGGUGGAGACAACUGACAAGAUAGAUUGCAAAGCUGACCUGACAAACCUGUGUGAAAAUCAUCUGUCUGAGUAUAGCAACGCUUCAAGUAUUCCAGAUGCCAAAUCAUUUGUCUGGAAGAUACCUAAUAUAGGUGAAACUGUAAAAACCUUGUCAGUUACUGUAAAGAGCCCAGAAUCUUUUUGGUGUCGGUUGUUUGAUGCAGAUGUUAUUCAUUCAAUUGAAAGGAAGCUUGAGGAGGUUCAAGACCUUUCAAGAAUCAGCUUGGAGAAUAUUGCACAUGGAUACUCUUGCCUAGCAAAGAAUAAUGAAGAUGAUACAUUUUACCGGGCAGUUGUUAGAAAUAUAAAAGGGAAUACCUUGUCAGUGAUUGAUGUUGAUUAUGGAACUGAAGCUUUUGUUAGUACAAAGAUGAUCAGACAAAUUUCUGAUGAGCUAUUAUCAAUACCACCGCAAGCAUUUCUGUGUUCUCUGUUUGGCUUUAAUUCUGCAGAAGGUUCAUGGACUGAAGGAAUAAGUAAAAUUUUUGGUGAUAUAUUAGCUGAUUCUCCACUGGACAUUACAGUCAUUGAUAAACAAAAUUAUGGUCCUUUAGAAAUCCCUUUAUUUAGUGUUAAAGUGGAGUGUCAAAAUAUAUGUCUCAAUGAGCAAAUGAAACCCUUUUGGAAACAUAAUGUUGAAAACCCUGGUUCCAACUUGGGAGAUAUUCACAAGCCAGAAGGACAGAAGAAAACAGAGGAAGAGAGUUCAGAGGGUGAGUUGUUUGAAAUGAAAGCAUCUGCUUGUUCAUUCAUGCCUUGCAAAGAUACCAUUGCUUCAGAAGAUGUAUUGUGUUCUGCGGAAAUUCAAGCAGUAGUUGAUGCAAGGAGCACAAUUUCAUUGGACGCAUUUUCUCUGACUUUACACGUAUAUGAAACUAUCCCUGAAGCAGUUCAUAAGGGGAACCAAAGAACUAUAACUGAAACAUUUCAUAAUAAAAGAGACUGUUAUAUAUCUGAAAAAGAAAGUGAUAACCUACUUUCUGUGGAUGCUUCUGAAAUGCAGGCUCCUGUUACUAGUGAAAUGGGGAUGCUUUUGAAACAAGAUCACCUUGAAACGCUGCCUGCAUCAAAUGACACCAAGCAGCAGCAGCUGGAACUAGACAUACUAAGAAUGCACUCAGCUGAAGAAAUGUUGGAACUGGAGAUAACUGAAUUGAGUCCUUCCCAGUGUGAUGAUUCAGAGUGUUCAGAAUUGAACUUGCUUGAAGUAGCACACAUGGAAGGGGAAUUAGAACAGAGCCCUUCAUCAACAGACACAACUGAUAGUUUGCUGCUGGAACUAGAAACACCCAAAGUGCAAUCUUGUCCAAACUAUAGUAAAACAAUGGCAGAUACAUUACCUUUGGAACUGCUUGCUGUAUCCCAUUCUGCAAGUAAUGUAAUCAAGUCAUCAUUUUCAAAAAAAUUAGAAGAAGAAUCCUUCUGCAAUGAAUGUCUACUGAGAGUGCAUGGAACAGGAAAAUAUGGCAUAAAACCCCGUCACUUAGAAUGGGAGACUCCGCUGGAGAAGAGCUGUGUAGAAACACUGAAGAGCCAUGGCAAGUGUGAAAGGUCUUAUGAUGACAAUUUUGUUGGGGAGGAUUCUUUAAGAAGUAUGUUGCUGGAUGAAGAGCAAGUUAAAACUUCAAGUUACGAUACAGAUAAAGAAGAAAUCAUUUGCAACUUAAAGGGAUUUGAUACUGGUUCCAAAUGCAUGGUGUGGUCAGGUGGUCAAUGGUACGAGGCUCUGAUUCUAGGUUUAUCUGCCGAAGGCACAAAGGUCUUGAAUCUUUCAAGUGGGAAUGAAGAGGUCAUCAGUCCUGCAGAUGUUUGGCAUAGGCUUCCUGAGCUGGAGUCAAAUCUAACUGAGGAAUUGGGUACAAUGGAUACCUGGCAUUCUUUGCCAGCAGGUGAUUUGCCAGUUGAAGGUAAGACUUCAGAAGUAUUUUCAAGUUUAUAGCAUGCACUAAAUCAUAUCUACACUUGUACUGAAUAAUCAAAGCUCAACAGGAUAGAAGAGGGUUUUAUCUAAGUUUUGGAGUCAUGAGGAGAUGGCAGCUAACUGCAGUUAUAUGUGCUACAAACUGAGUAAGUUGUACUAAUUCUCAUCUGUGUACAAAUGAUUUUGUCAAUCUUGAAAGGAGAGUGGUAAGUUGUAGCAGUUAUUCUCCAUGUUCAAUAUGUAGCCAAAACUAGCUGUUCAUUUUUCUUGCAGAAAAAAGUGGCCGACUUUCAUUGGUUCUUGAAAUUCUUAACACU